UUUGACGACAGGAUGGCAGGUUUUUUAAUGUUUGUAGAGAAAGUGAAGCUGGGUCUGAAGAUUGACGUCCUGAGGGAAGUGGGGCGUCAGUACCCAGUCUUCUGCUUCCUGCUGCUGUCUCUGGUGGCGCUCACACUGCUGCUAAACAGGUACCUCCACGUCCUGAUGGUCUUCUGGUCGUUCCUCGCCGGCGUCACCACCUUCUACUGCUCCCUCGGACCAGAGUCCCUCGUUCCAAACAUCUUCUUCCCCGUGAAGCAGAGGAACAAAGUAACUCUUUAGC